UGUCAAUCUGUCUCGCACGUGACUCCGCGCCGGCUUAAAGUUUACAUAUUUUCCUGCCCUUCCCCAGCGCUGCCGACCGCUGCUCCUGCUAUCCACAGCACACGCCUCUGUGUUGAUUCGAGUCUGUGCUUGGCUCUAUUUCUCGGCCUUGUUUGCAUUCCUGGAUUUCAGGGAUUUCGUUCAGUUGCGCUGCCCGGCAGACCGUGCAUGCACCGAUUGACUGUAGGGCUACGGGCCUGAUCUGCUGCUGCGACUGCACUCUGCGAAAUGUCAAGACUUGAUCGGCUCGUGUCACUAUUAGACACCGGGUCAACGCAGCUUGUGCGCAAUACCGCCGCGGACCAGAUCGCUGAUGUACAAAAAGCGCAUCCGGACGAUUUAUUCAACCUCUUGGGCCGUGUGUUUCCAUACCUAAGAUCACCUAAAUGGGAUACCCGGGUUGCUGCUGCGAGGGCAAUUGGUGGAAUAUCUGACAACACUGCAAAAUGGGAUCCAAACUCGAACGAGGAAACUGCAGAUUAUGUCAAGAUCGAGAAUAACGGCGACGACAGCCGAUUGAAGACGGAAGACGAAUCACAAGUGAAGAGAGAGGCAUCUGUGCCGUCGAUCAAACAAGAAUCAACUGUGAAGAGUGAAGAUUAUGAUAUAGACGGCGAAUUUAAACGACCAGCUCUGAAGACAGACCGGCCAAGUUCAUCUGGCGAAACAUCGACACAAUCUCCUGAAGACGAUCUUCUCUCGUUUGCAACCAUCGACAUUGGCGUUGUGCUCCGUAAAGGUAAGCCUUUGCUCGGAAGCGGUGGUCAUGAAUACGAUAUCAACUGGGCGGAACUGGAUCCGGCCGAACGCCUUGCAAUCCAGCGAAGAAAUGUCACCGCGAGAUUGGGCAUGGGUGGUGAGUACAUGGAGGACAUAGUGACUGCUUCAGAUUUUGCACCACAGACUCCGAAAACUCCUGUUGGGAUUAUCAAAACUCCUUUAGAGGCGCCUGCCCAGUCUCCUGCAGACGAUGGCGGAUUGAGUUCCAGAGUGCGAGCAAUGGCCAAGCGCAAAGCAAGAGCAGAGUCCAAAAAUCAGAGUAACAAAUUGCGAAAUGUCGAUUUAUCGUCGAGCACAACUUCCCGGAAGCUUUCCACCACGGGUACUCCUGCUCCGCAGGCACAGGCUCAAGAUUAUUUUUCCAUCACUCCCCAAGCACAGUCAGAUCGCGUUGUCGUUGAACACAAAGUACAGCCGAACCCGUCUGCAGCUAUCCAAGCAUCCAGUCAGGUGUGGCCUUUCGAAGGCAUCACAGAAAUUUUGAUGGUAGAUCUCUUUGACGAAGCCUGGGAAACUCGGCAUGGCGCCGCUGGUGGUCUUCGUGAAAUCAUUAGAGUGCAUGGUGCCGGAGCUGGUAGGAUAAUGGGGAAGUCUCGAGAGGAAAAUGACAAAUUGAAUUGUGCAUGGCUGGAAGACUUGGCUUGUCGAAUUUGCUGUGUUUUUGCAUUAGAUCGGUUUGGCGACUAUGUCUCUGACCAAGUCGUCGCUCCAAUUCGCGAAUCCGUUGGACAAACACUGGGUGCUCUUUUACUGCAUCUUCCAAAGCCUAUUGUCCUCAAGACAUACGGAGUAUUAUAUGAUCUGGUGAUGCAGACAAAGUUUGACUUAUCAUUCCCCAUUUGGGAGGCCUGUCAUGGUGGCAUGCUGGGGCUCCGAUACUUGGUUGCUGUUCGCAAGGAUAUGCUCUUUGACGACGGUGGCAAGAACGGACUGCUGGAUGGUGUCGUCGAAUGUGUCCUACAUGGCUUAGAUGAGCAGGAUGACGAUGUGCGCGCUGUCAGCGCCGCUACUCUUGUCCCUAUCGCCUCCGAAUUUGUCACUUUGCGGCCACACUCCGUCGAUCGACUGAUCGAGGUUGUUUGGGAAUGCCUUGCACAUCUCAAGGACGACUUGAGCGCGUCGACUGGCAGUGUCAUGGAUCUGCUGGCUAAACUGUGCUCUUUCCCGCAGGUUUUGGAGCAAAUGAAGAACAAUGCGGAAAACGAUCCUCUCAUGGCGUUUUCGAUGCUGGUGCCACGGUUGUAUCCUUUCCUCAGACAUUCGAUUACGAGUGUAAGAAGGGCCGUACUUCGAGCUCUGUUGACGUUUUUAAAUCUUGGCGACCAUCACGUAGGUGCCACUGACUGGGCGGACGGCAAAGCUUUGCGACUAAUUUUUCAAAAUCUACUCGUUGAGCAAAAUGAGAACGUCCUUGAUCUUUCGUUGGAGGUUUUCAUUGCUCUUGCCAAACGAAUCUCAAAGCAAGAUGAGACCCGAUUCGCCGAAACUUUCAGCUCCCAUGUCUACCCUUUGCUCACGCUGCUGCUGACACCUAUUGGCGUCAACCGGAAUACUUAUGCUAUGGAUACAUCGUUGUUUCUUCGGCCAUCAGGCGCCACCUUCUCGGCUCUUGCGUCACAUGCUACUGUCACGCCGCGGCCAAACGGUGGCACGCCUGGCGACGACUCUUCUUCUGGCCAGCGACCGACUAAGCGACGUCGUCGUUCAGAGAAGCUUCGCGAUGUCGAACCGGUAUCAAGCCAUAACAUCGAUAGUCCCGUGUUUCUCGGCGAUGUUGAGCUGGUUGGUUUCGAUGCCAUGAUGCGAAUGAAGAUUGCGAGCGCUAAAGCCAUGGGUUUCGCGAUGAGCCUUUGGCCUAGCGACAAAAUCAUGACUUUUAAAGAUAUCUUGAUAGAGAAUCUAGGUGGGCCAAGCACUCCGCCAGCAUUCUCAAUGUCUCGUCUGGUUGCUGCUAUGAUUCUCGAAGAGUAUGGCCUACAUGCGACCAGCGAGCAGAGUGAGUUUAAGAAUACCUUUGCCGCGAAGCUGUCGGACAUUCUCAACGCAUCUACACCGGAUCACAUUCAUCGGGACGUGUCUCCGUACUUAAAGGUCGUUCGAGCUCAAACACAGGCGCUUCUCAACGUGUUUACGGAAACUGGACGCCUUUCGUCGCAUAAGCUUCCCCGACUAGCCAUUGUGGUGAAGGGUGAUCCUGAGGCCGGCCCUGAUGCAUUUUCUCUCGCAGAUGCUGAGAAGACAAUGACGACUGACAUCGAGAAGCUAAGGAAAGGAAUUCAGGCAUCUUACCGAUUUGCAAUCGUUGAGCCGCUCAAGCACGCUCAAGAGAGCCUUCGGACAUCGAUUGAUGAUGCAAAGCAGGCAAUCGAUCUUCGGAAUAUUCGGAUAAAUGCUGCUGUAGCAGGUGCAUACAUCUCGCUCCUGUCUAGUUUGCCGAAGAAGUUGAACCCUGUUAUUCGAAGUUUGAUGGAUUCGGUUAAGGAAGAAGAGAAUUUCGAUAUGCAAAAGAGAUCAGCUGGUGCUGUUUCGGCUCUUGUGAGACACUGCUCUAACGCCGGAAAGGUUGGUGCGUCUGACAAGAUGAUUAAGAAUCUCUGCGCUUUCCUUUGUGUAGACACCUCCGAAGUUCCUGAAUUUCAUCAUCACGAGAAAUUGGAUAACGUGAUAUUAUCGCUUCACAAGGAAGAAGACCGCCGCGAUCCCAACGAUCUUCUUUUAUACCAACGUGAGAUUCGAAGAGCGAAGACCAAGCGGCGCGGCGCAAAGACAACGCUUGAGCUUCUUUCUGAUAUGUUUGGCCCGGCAUUGUUUUCAAAGGUUCCGAAACUACGCGAAUGCAUGAUAAGCCCUCUCACAGCUUUACGAGAGCCUCUGCCUUCUGACAUCACAACCCCGGAGUCAACUCUAGGACAGGAGAUUGUUGAUGGUCUCUCAAUCAUCCGCGCACUUGUCCCAAGACUUCAUACCGAGCUGCUCAACAUCUUUGUUGAAUAUUAUGAUCUUAUUGGCACCGCUUUGCAAUCGUCAUUCUCAGUUUUGCGUUACGCUGCGGCAAAAUGCCUAGCAACAAUCUGCAGUGUGAUGAAGGUCAAGGGAAUGACUUAUUUGGUUGAGAAUGUCGUUCCUAUGUUCAACAAUGCGUUAGAUAUGAGAUGCAGACAAGGUGCGGUAGAGUGUGUGUAUCAUUUAGUCCAUGUUAUGGAACACGAGAUAUUGCCGUACGUUGUUUUUCUGGUGGUGCCUAUCUUGGGUCGUAUGAGUGACUCGGACAAUGAUAUCCGGUUGCUUGCGACAACUACGUUUGCCCAAUUGAUUAAAUUGGUGCCUCUAGAGGCUGGAAUUCCUGAUCCUCCUGGUCUGCCUCAGUCUCUGCUCGAGGGCCGUGAUCGUGAGCGAAAAUUCAUCUCCCAAAUGCUUGAUCCUACAAAGGUUGAGUCGUUCAGUCUGCCGGUGGCGAUCAAGGCCGAUCUGCGCAAAUAUCAGCAAGAAGGCGUCAACUGGCUUGCUUUCCUCAACAAAUAUCACUUGCACGGGAUUCUGUGCGAUGAUAUGGGCCUCGGAAAGACGCUUCAGACGAUCUGUAUUGUUGCAAGUGAUCAUCAUCUCCGUGCCGAAGAGCACGCGAAGACGCAUAGCAUCGAGACACGGAAGCUUCCGUCGUUGAUAGUAUGUCCUCCAACUCUGACGGGACACUGGGAGCAGGAAUUGAAGAACUACGCGCCGUUUUUAAAGGUUCUUGUUUAUGUUGGAAAUCCUUCUCAGCGAGCGCGUAUUUCCGGCCAGUUUGGCAAUGCUGACGUUGUCGUGACUUCGUACGAAUACUGUCGUAACGAUGUCGACAUUGUAUCUGCGCAGAGCUGGAACUACUGUGUGCUGGACGAGGGUCAUAUCAUCAAGAAUGCCAACUCGAAGCUAACAAAAGCGGUCAAACGGAUUGCUGCUGAUCAUCGAUUGAUUCUGUCCGGAACACCAAUUCAAAAUAAUGUGCUUGAGCUUUGGUCACUGUUUGACUUUUUGAUGCCCGGUUUCCUUGGAACCGAAAAGGUCUUUAACGAUCGGUUCGCGAAGCCGAUUGGACAGAGCCGGAACAGCAAAAGUUCAUCGAAAGAGCAGGAGGCUGGUGCCUUGGCGCUUGAAGCUCUUCAUAAACAAGUUUUGCCGUUCCUCCUGCGUCGUCUCAAGGAAGAUGUACUUGCUGAUCUGCCGCCUAAGAUUAUUCAAGACUACUACUGCGAGCUUUCAGACUUGCAGAGACAGCUCUAUGAAGACUUUGUCAAGAAGCAGAAGGAUGAAGUUGAAGGCGAAGUCAAGUCGACUGGAAAGGAAAACAAGCAGCAUGUAUUCCAAGCAUUACAGUACAUGCGUAAGCUCUGUGAUCAUCCGGCUCUUGUGCUGAACCAGAAACAUCCACAGUACACGAAGAUUACGCAGCAGCUUGCCAGAGAUAAGAAAGACAUUAGUGAUAUUUCCUUUGCUCCAAAGCUUGGCGCCCUGCAUGCUCUGCUACUGGAUUGUGGUAUUGGUGUUGACGGGGCUGCUGGCGCCUCGCAGCAAGACGAUUUGGGCGGCGGCGCGGUCAUCUCACAGCAUCGGGCAUUGAUUUUCUGUCAGUUGAAGGAGAUGCUUGAUAUCGUUGAGAAUGAUGUGCUUAAGAAGUUACUGCCUAGUGUAUCAUACAUGCGACUUGACGGUAGCACUGAAGCUCGCAAAAGACAGGACAUUGUGCAAACGUUCAACGCUGACCCUUCGAUCGAUGUUCUUCUGCUGACGACUCAUGUGGGCGGUCUUGGCCUCAACCUUACCGGUGCUGACACAGUCAUAUUCGUGGAACAUGACUGGAAUCCCAUGAAGGAUUUACAAGCUAUGGACCGCGCACAUCGCAUUGGUCAGAAGAAAGUGGUCAAUGUGUAUAGACUGAUCACGCGCAACACUGUCGAGGACAAGAUUAUGGGACUCCAGCGGUUCAAGAUGAACAUCGCCAACACGAUCGUCAAUCAGCAGAACUCUGGUCUGUCAACGAUGGAUACAGAUCAAAUUCUUGACUUGUUUGAUGUCGGAGACGGCGGUGGUAGCAACGGCGCUGCCGCGGUCGACGCAGCAGGUAAAUCAGGUCCUGGUACAGGAGAGGAGGAUGUUGUCGACGAACAGGGACAGAUCAUUCGGAAGGGCGAUCGCAGUGCGGUUCAUGGUCUCUCAGAGCUAUGGGAUGAGCGCGAGUACGAAGAAGAGUACAACCUGGACUCCUUCAUUCAGUCGCUCAAAUGAUAAGGGCUUCUCUUUUGCUUUAUGGUGUUGCCGAAGCUGUAUUCUAAGGUUUAUACGAUUAGGGGUGGGGUGCUUGUAGAGUGUGUGGUUCUGGGUUGGUAGGAAUCGAAAAGUAUUUGUAUAGUUUUUUGUUUUUGUAUCAAUAGUGCUGAUUCAUGAUUCGGAACGGGGUUUUAUAAGCAUAUGCAAUUGGUAGAUUAUUCUUUAUUUCCCAUCUUCUGCUGGCAAUGUCCCAAUAGCAAUUUGCAUCAGUCAGCAUAAGCAACUAUAUUACCUCAUCAUUUGCCCCUGAAAGUAAUUAAACGGCUCUGGUUGGUGGACUAGAAACCUUAUUGCCAUCGCAGCGGGAGGAAAUUCCCGGGCCGCAAAUUCGACGUCGGGGCCGAUAAUUUUUUUGCAAGUUUCGUGUUCGCGUGCAUUUCGAG